AUGAACACACCCUCAACCAUCCUCGCCGCUAUCCCAAGACGCCUUCAUCUGCAACCAGAUCACCCUCUGGCUAUCACACGAAAACUUAUCGAAUCACGGUUUCCAGGUUACAAAACCCAUAACGACCUAUUCCCUAUCGUCACCACCGGCCAAAAUUUCGAUUCUCUCGGCUUCCCAAUAGAUCACAUAGGUCGAAGUAGGACGGACACGUACUACAUAAAUAAGGAAACCGUACUACGAACACACACCUCCGCUCACCAAGCCGACACUUUCCGCAACAAUGAGAGCGAGGGCUAUCUCAUCAGUGCUGACGUAUACCGACGAGAUGCCAUCGACAGAAGCCAUUAUCCUGUUUUCCAUCAGAUGGAGGGAGCCAGAACUUGGGACCGUCAGCAAGCAGAGAAAGAAGGCAAGACGCUUGCGCAGGUCAUCUGGGAUGAUGUGGAGAAGAUUCCCAAGCACGAUGUUGCAGUCGAAGACCCAAACCCUCCAUUCCACGCCGAUCGUAACCCACUUCAGACAGGACAUUCGGCAGAAGAAGCAGAAGCCAUGGCUGCACACCUGAAACGAAGUCUAGAGGAUAUGGUGGUCACGAUCUUUAAUGCUGCAAAGGGUGCUGCAGAUACUGCCACGUCAGACGAGCCACUAAAGGUACGCUGGGUGGAGGCCUACUUCCCCUUCACAUCACCCUCUUGGGAAUUGGAAGUCUUUUGGCAAGGCGACUGGCUCGAAGUGCUCGGCUGCGGCAUCGUGUCACAACCCAUCCUGAACAAUGCCUCGGUUCCCAAUCGUGUAGGGUGGGCUUUUGGCAUAGGUCUCGAACGCAUAGCCAUGUUGCUCUACUCCAUCCCGGACAUACGUCUGUUUUGGUCAAAGGACUCUCGCUUCUUAUCGCAGUUCAGCGAGCAGAAAGCCAUUCGUCGGUUCGAGCCUUUUAGCAAACACCCUGCAUGUUUCAAGGACGUGAGUUUCUGGUUGAAGAGUAGCUCGAAUGCUGCUGGUGGCGCCGCUGCUAUUCAUCCGCCUGCAGGAGGCGUGAUUAACAGUUCAUCCACCCCAUCCUCUGCUCCUACAACUCGAUCUGGCACGCCAAUCCCACCAGCAGCUCCGGCGCCAUCAUCCUCCAGCUUCCACGAGAAUGAUGUGAUGGAAAUCGCGCGAGAGGUCUGCGGUGAUCUUGUGGAGGAUGUGCGCCUAACGGAUGAAUUCGUGCAUCCAAAGACUGGGCGUAAGAGCAUGUGCUACCGCCUUAACUACCGCAGCUUGGAACGCACACUCACGAACAAGGAGACUAAUGAGCUGCAUGAGCGGAUGAGAGGCAUGCUUGUGGAGAGGCUGGGCGUUGAACUAAGGUAG